AUGGAGCCUGGAUUCCCGCUCGUUGGCGACCAAUCCGAGAACCAGGAGCAACAUAUGGUUCUCUUCGUAGCUCCUGGCACAAGUGGCACCACUUGGUUAUCGCUACUUCCCAUUGACCAGACCCAGGAUGGAGAGCAGGUGUUCAACCAGCUUAACAUAUUCCUCAAGUCCGAUGACUUCAAGGCCAGCCCCGCAAAGUCGAUGGGAAUGUUUGGCAAACUCUUUUUCAAAGAGGUACUCAGUAUUGGGGCAUUAUCAGAGGUUCGCCUAGCCGAUUAUGCAGCUACAAUGAGCGAAGUCCUUGUAUCCGAUUCCUCGCCCUCUACGGAGCUGACAUCAGCCCGACGCCGCCCUCAGCUCCUUCGCGGGGGCCGACCUUUUGUUGAGCUUUACCCACAUCUGAUAUUGGGUUCCCCAGAAGGAAAAGGGCUCAUACUCCAAUACGUCUUGAAGAAAGUUGUGGUUAUGAUUGCAUUUAUCACCACCCUAUUUGCAUGGUGCCUUGUUGGUACUGCUGUUGGCGUCACGAUGAACAGUUUCCAAAUAGGCGUACAAGUCGCUGGCAUUGGUGCUGGUAUCACCGCGGUGCUUACCCCCUUGGUAGCUUUAAUGAUGCAUCACUGA